AUGUCUCGAUUUCUUUUCUAUCCACACGCACGCAGCGUUAUUCAGAGGCUACCCGAGCAUUUUAAAAAAGGCUACUUAAAAAGAUGCACCCCUAACUCAAAAUUGUCGUACUUUGAGGAAUGUGAGGAUCAGUACAUCAAGGCUGCCAACAAUUCGAUCUAUCCCAAAGAAUUCUUUGAUAUUCCUCCCGCAGUUAUUUUUCCUGAAGAGUCUCAGAAGUCCCUCUGGGGUGGGGAAGGUAUUGUUACAGGUUUCACCGAAGUCAAACGUACACACACUAGGAUACCCAAGACUUGGGGACCAGAAUUGCGUCAAAACCUCUUCUAUAGUGAGAUAUUGGAUCGAUGGUUGAUGAUUAUUGUGUCCUUAACGGCUUUGAAACAGAUAGAGUUGAUGAAGGGCAUAGACAACUACCUUUUAAUGACCCCAGAAAGUGAAAUCAAUAGUCGUCUUGGUAUGCAUAUCAAGCGUGAGAUUUUGGUGCAGCUGUCAGAUCCGGAAUUUAAAAAGCUGAAACCUGCUAUUGCGGCCAAAUAUGCUCAAUUCACUAUUCCUGGCGAUGAAGCUGAAUGGGUAGGGCUGACACUGGAUGAGGCAAUCAAGAAACAGAUGAAAAUCGAACAUUUGCGUGAACGAGCAGAGGCGUCCAUUCCAAAAAAAGAAAUUUUUACGAGGGCACUACUCAAGCAACUCGAAGCGGACAAGGGACACCCGCAGCCGUCGCGGCUCUCAGAUCUGACAUCAAGUUCGCUGCGCUCAACAUUCAGUCGGUUCUUGUACGGCCAAAGGGGAAGUAAAUCUUAG